GAUGUCAGCUAGUAGAUCCCCUAUCCUAUUUUUUAUUUAAAUUCUUCAAAAUGUUUGCUCAGACAAUUUUAACAAAUUUAUCACAUUUUCAUAGCUAACAUCACCACAACGCUCCCACACAUGUCUCCUCUCCCCUGCGCAAAGAUCCAUGCCGUCAUCCAGCUAGUACGUUCGCUGAAGAUUGUUAAAAACUGAUGUCAGCCAUAUAGCACUUUCAAUGGUGAAAACUCUUGUCUAAUCAAGUACGCCCACUGACAUUUCGAGUGAAAAUAACAGAAACUUUUUUGAUUUCCCCUAGAAAGUACUUUGGACGAAAAAAUACCUUAGGAAUUGCUCUUUUUCAUCAGAAGAAAACUGGGUGAAAGCUCGCCCUCUUUUUUUUUUGAGGGAAUGGCAUCAUGGCGGUUUAUAUUUCAUGUUAGAAUAAAGAUACAUCGUUUAAUAAAAUGUCUACUAGAAACCCCGGAGGCUCCGACUUCCAGACAAUUGUUCGAGAAGUCUCCGAGUUCCUAGACAAUACAUCCGCCGCCAUAUUGGCCCCUUUAUUACUCAAGAUUUUCGUCAAAAAAAUUAUUUUUUGAGAAAUAAGAGUUUCGUCAAUAGAAAUUGAAAAAACAAGUCCUACUUUUAAUGGGCUCGGCUAUUCUGCACAGGCCGGUCUAUCCACAACGCUCCCACACGCUGGGCUUUCGUACGGGCCUUGUCGGCCUUCGCGCGCGGGCGUUCCUGAAAGGUCUGGUGUCCCUUAGGAAAAAAAAAAGGAGUCCCCACGACGAGAAGGAGAAAUAAUUCCGCCGCAUCUUCUUUGUCCACCCCCUCCUCCACAUCGCCGCCGUUUCAUUGUUGCAGAAUCCCGCGAGUUCGUCGACGGACCGGCCCGGCCGCAUCGCUCGCCGCCGUUUCGCCCCGCGGCUUCGGUGACAUCGCGCAGAGCACAGGCGCGGCACGGCAUGCUCCGCCGCGCGGCCUCCUUGCUACGCGGGCGCUCGGCCUGGAUCCCCCGCCGGCCAGUGGCGGCCGCGGCGACACUGGCCCGACGCCGCCCGGAGCCGGAGGCCCGCCCCCGCGCCGUCGAGGGCCGGGGCUACGCGCGCAUGGCGCGGCGGAUGCCGCCCACGAGGCCUGACGGGUACUCCACCUCCGACGGGGAGGCCGACGCCUACGGAGACGUCGAGGACCUGGAGCCGGCGGCCGCCGCGGACGGCGAGGAGGACGCCUCCGAUGGGGAGGGGUGGGACGGGUUCACGCUGGACAUGGGCGCCGGAUCCAUCGUGGACAAUGACGAUGAGGAAGAGGAGGAGGAGGAGGAAGAGGAGAAGUAAUCCGAGGGUCGCCGGCGAGCCGGAAGCGCAAGCAAGGUGUUUGUUGAAAUGACCAAGGCCAUUGUUUGCAUGCUCGUUGCUCCAAUACCCAUGUACUACUAACAAUGGUAGUAUUUGAAGAGUUGAACUGUCAAAUAAUCCGUGUACGACUCCCGAUUCUAGUAGUUGGUUUUCACCUUGGAUUGGGAUUCA